UAACCUGUCUCAGAUAUCGACCCAGUAAACUACCUAAAAGAGGUUCUCACUUGUAAAUAAUUACUUUGAAUAUCUAGUUACAUGGCAUUAACGUUAUUAUCCCGUACUUGGAAUGAUAUAAGAACAUAUAAAACACAGCUUCUGGAAGAGGUGACGAAGCCUAAAAUUGAGAACAAGUUAUAUUUGUAUAAUGUCAUCGCAGUUAUCAGUCCUGUGGCCUCUUCUCUUAAAAAAAUAAUGAAUUAACUGCUUAGCGGAACGUUGCAUCGUUUUCCCACCGGACGCUAAUUUCAGACGGACCAAAACAUCUUUCCGAAAGUUGACGUGGAGGUGUUUGUGUACGAUGGCUGAUACUAAACUAGACAUUUCUACUGAUAGCUCCGCUGUAUUACCGAACCCAAAUGCGCCUUCUCCGCCCAAUAACCCGCUGUCGAGGAAGCUGAACAAAAUACUGGAGACGAGGCUCGACAAUGACAAGGAGAUGCUCGAGGCUCUGAAGGCGCUCUCCGUGUUCUUCACCGACAACAGUUUGCGCACCAGGAGAAAUCUUCGCGGCGACAUCGAGAGACGAAGCCUCUCGAUCAACGAGGACUUCGCCCGAAUAUUUAAGGACGUGAAAGAGGAGCUUGAAAGUGUUCAUGAGGAUGUUCAGGCCAUGAGCAUAUGUUCUGAAGAAAUGACCAAUCGCUUAAAGGCUGCGAAGGAGCAAACUCAAGACCUGAUAGUAAAAACCAACAAGCUGCAGGGGGAAAAUCACAGGCUGGAGUUGAGAGCUCAGGUUGCUCAGGCCUUCCUUGCAAAGUUCCAGCUGUCUAAUGAGGAGACGGCAACCCUGCGAGGGGCUCGGGAUGCACCCAUCACUGAGGAUUUCUUCAAAGCUCUGAGCCGAGUGAAGCAUAUCCACGAGGAUGUUAAAAUCCUGUUGCGAACCAAUCAGCAAACUGCGGGGUUAGAGAUUAUGGAGCAGAUGGCCGUGUUACAGGAGACCUCAUAUGAGCAGCUCUACCGCUGGGCUCAGAAUGAAUGCAGAGGACUGACCCAAGAGACCUGUGAUGUCUGCCCUGUGUUGACUCGAGCCAUGGAAGCCUUACAGGACCGACCUGUCCUUUACAAGUACACCCUGGACGAGUUUGGGACUGCACGCAGGUGUGCGGUGGUCCGAGGCUUCAUCGACGCCCUCACCCGCGGCGGGCUAGGAGGGACUCCUCGCCCCAUAGAGAUGCAUUCACAUGACCCCAUGAGGUAUGUCGGGGACAUGUUGGCCUGGCUGCACCAAGCCACCGCCUCCGAGAAAGAGCACCUAGAAGCUCUGCUGAAACAAGUCACUCUGCAAGGUGUGGAGGAGAACAUGCAGGAGGUGGUUGGACACAUCACUGAGGGAGUCUGCAGGCCGCUGAAAGUUCGGAUAGAGCAGGUCAUUGUGGCGGAGCCAGGCGCUGUUCUGCUUUACAAGCUGUCCAACCUGCUCAAGUUCUACCACCACACUGUCAGUUCCAUCAUUGGGACCAGUGUGGCCUCUUUGCUCAUCAGUAUUGAAGAAAUGCACAUCCUCAGCAAAAAGAUGUUCUUUAACAGCCUGAGCCUUCAUGCAAGCAGACUCAUGGACAAGGUGGAGCUACCACCUGCAGACCUGGGACCGACAUCCUCCCUCACUCAGACCCUCGUCCUCCUCAGGGAGGUGCUGGCCUCCCACGACUCAUCAGUGGUUCCUCUGGAUGCCCGCCAGGCAGACUUUGCUCAGGUGCUCUCUUGCAUCUUGGAUCCCCUCCUACAGUUAUGUACUGUGUCUGCCAGUAACCUCGGCACUGCUGACAUGGCUACCUACAUGGUCAACUCCCUGUAUGUCAUGAAGACAACUUUGGCUCUCUUUGAGUUCACUGACAAGAGGCUUGAGAUGCUCGAAUUCCAGAUCGAGGCUCACCUUGACACCCUGAUCAACGAGCAGGCAUCCUACGUGCUGACUAGAGCCCGGCUGAGUUACAUCUACAGCUGUGUCCAGCAGCAUAGUGCUGAACAGGGUCCUCUAUCGCUCCUCCCCAGCAUGGACAGUUCCUCUGUGAAAGCAGCAAUGGUCCAGUUCGAUCGGUACUUGUCGUCGCCUGACACUCUUGUGAUGCCACAGCUCAACUUCUUGCUCAGUGCAGCCAUCAAGGACCAGAUCUUCCGUCAGUCCACAGAGCUGGUGUGCAGAGCCUACAGGGAGGUGUACACUGCGCUUAUCAGCCCAGCUAACAGCUACAAAGACCCAGAGAACCUGCUUCCCAGAUCACCUCAGCAGGUUCAGGCCUUGCUGUCCUGAGAGACACUUUUGGCCCACCUGGUUGAUCUCACAAGCACAAGGUGAGCCCCAGUGAAGGACCGCCUGUAGGUGAUUUAAAGAGCGGAGUCAUUUGUACAGCAUAAUAACAUAUACAAUAAUAUAAAAUGUGGUUGUGAAGGUAGGGUUCUUCCUUGUGGGAUGUGGGUCAGGGACCUCAGAGAGAGACUCUCCUGUGUGCCAGGAGGAAAGCACAUUAUAUUUCACUGCUGUGGACAGUCAGCUUGUUAUUCCCUCUGUCCUUCUUUCUGUCUGUUAUCACAUUCUGUACUCUAUUCUACCAUGUCCACAAUUGUACAAAACAAUGUCUUUUUCUUCUUUUUUAAAACAGUAAACGUUAUAUAUAA